UUGGUGGGGGCUCUAGCGGAUCAGUGUUCGAUCGUUUCGUAGCGCGAAGUGACAUAAGCUACGACAAAAUAGAUCAAUGUUAAUGAAAAUUCAGUGAUAAAUGUGAGGAUUAAUGACUAUCUAACUAUUCAUCAUGAGAAUAUGCAUAAUUAUCUCGAUAUAAUCUCAGCCACUCAAAAAUAAUCAUCGAGCCGAUAUCAAGAAGGUUAGACAUUAUUAGACUGUGUAUCGGCAAUUAUAUGAGUUUCGUGCCACCGCCGUUGGCAAGGAAGUCCACAUCUUUGGAUGAUUCACAUGGAAACGUCAACAGAAGCUGAUACUGACCAAGUUUUAAAAUAGCAGAAAUCAAAUUAUGACGAAAACAACUACCAAAUACACCGAUCACGUAAUAAAUAUUCCCCUGACACCUACUUCGGCGUACAGGAAAGCGUUGAUAGAUCGACUGGAAAAUUUGGCACUCGUGAUAAUGAGGCAAAUAAUGGCUAGACAAUUGCCAAAAAUUCAUACAUCCUAUUCAAACACAAUGCUUCGGCCAUCGAUGGAAUGCGAUGAUGACAAUGAAAACGAUUUGAGUAAUGCGACAGCUACCUACGCCGAGGAGAUCCAUUCACACGAAAUCGGGGUGGAUGGAGGAAUCAAACAGGAGGGAAGAUGCGUUGUAGAUUUUUCACUCAAAAGGGGAAAAAUAAAGUUGAUCCUUAUGAUGACAAUUGCCGCCAAAGCGCACAAGUUACUCAUUGCUAAUGAAUAUCAGACUAAGAGGGCUGUGUAUUAUGAAUUCAAGGGUGGACCUCUGAGGAGCUUUAUCGAGCAACAGAGCAUUACUGAUGGCAUUAUUAAUAAUGUCGCUAAAAUUAUGGAGUGUAAUACUUGGGAGCUAGGUUUUAUAGCGACCGCGAAAGGGCUGGUAUCAGGCGCUUUACAAUUGACGCUCCAAACAAGAGAGAUUAUCGAUUGUGAAGUACCUGGAGGCGUGUUGAUUCCACAAAUUACGUCUCCCAUAAUAUCACUCAAAUCAUCCGCCACUUCGCUAGUUAUCAUUGAAAAGGACGCUGUUUUUCAAAGACUACUCGAAGAGGAUUGCACUCACAAGAUGAACUGCAUUCUCGUUACCGGAAAGGGAUAUCCCGAUGCAGCGACGAGAAAAUUUGUCAAAAUGUUGAUUGAGUUCCUCGGGAUUGAGGCGUAUAUUCUGGUUGAUGCAGAUCCUCACGGGAUCGAUAUCAUGUGUGUAUAUAAAUAUGGAUCUUCGGCAUUGUCAUGGGAGAAUAAAUAUCUUGCCUGUCCAACAAUCAAGUGGAUUGGCAUCUACCCAUCAGAAGUAUCAAAAUUACAUCUACAAAAAAUCCCACUGACCCGCGCGGAUUUAAUCAAAUUAAGAGGCCUACAGAGUAGAAGGUACUUGGACAAUAAUUUACGGGAGGAAUUGGAUUAUUUGUACAACGGAAAAACCGAAAUCGAAGGAAUGGCAGAAAUUUCAUUCCUUUUCCUAACGUCUCUAUAUUUUCCAACUAAGAUAUAAUUUUUAAAUUCUC